AUGGCUGACCAACUCGGUGAUGAGCAGGUGGCCGAGUUCAAGGAGGCGUUCGCCCUCUUCGACAAGGACGGGGAUGGCACCAUCACUACCAAGGAGCUCGGCGUCGUGAUGCGCUCCCUGGGCCAGAACCCCACGGAGGCCGAGCUCCAGGAUAUGGUGAACGAAGUCGACGUCGACGGCAACGGGACCAUCGACUUCCCAGAGUUCCUGAACCUCAUGGCCAAGAAGAUGAAGGACACGGACUCGGAGGAGGAGCUCCGGGAGGCGUUCAAGGUGUUCGACAAGGACGGCAACGGUUUCAUCUCCGCGGCAGAGCUGCGGCACGUCAUGACCAACCUCGGCGAGAAGCUCACUGACGACGAGGUCGACGAGAUGAUCAGGGAGGCUGACGUGGACGGCGACGGCCAGGUCAACUACACGGAGUUCGUCAAGAUGAUGACCAACGGCGGCGACAAGAAGUGA